GCACCAAAUAGGAAUUAAUUAAAAAGCGAUCAACAUCGCUGCCAAGAACGUGUGACGUACAAACUUACAAAGAUGUAUUCAGUGUGGUCUCCGCUAUCACAAGGAGCGGUUGUCUAUCGCGUUUCCCAAAUUUCGAACGCGGAGUUUUGGCUCGGAACAUUAUUAGUAUUGUUCGCGUGUGAAAUGGACUUACUAUAUUUCCAUAUACUAAAUGCCUUUGACAUAGAUUUGUUUUCGCUUUAAAAAAAAAAACAAUAAUUUGAAUUCGUGGAAUCGAAUCAAAAUAGAACGCAAAUGCAAAGCCAAAUGCUAAAUUAACAAAGACUUAGUGUUUUGUUACAUGUUUUGUAUAAAAUAAGAAAAGGAUGAAUAGAGGUGAUGUUUGAAACAAUUAUAUCGUCGUCUCUCUCAUUUCGAUGUGUAUAAUGAGAAAGACAUGGACCGCGCUACAAUACGUCCGCCUUGUGUGUAAACAGAAAACAUCUGAUUGUGUUCUAAUUUAAAACUGAAACAGAUCGAUUUAAUUUUAGUGUGGAUUUUUCAUUCGAUUUAAAUAAAAAUAAAAAAGUGUUCUUAAUUUCAAAAAGUAGGUUAUUUGCGUGUAAUUUGAAAAUUGAAUUUGUAAUUCGAAUGUGAUAUGAAAAAUCGAUUUCGAAUUAUUCGUGCACUGAACCGAUUUUAAUGUAGUGGAACGUAAACACAGUAGUGAGAAAUAGUGAUUCAUUUGUUUGUAAAUACUGCGUGCUCUUUAUUUGAAUUUAAUUAAUCUAAAGCAGAAAGAUGCAUCCUCAGAGGCCAUUUUUCGGAUCACACUCCGAUACGUCGGCCAUAAAUAUGAAACACUUGGUCACGGAUCUGUUUAGUCAGAUGCGGGAGCCUUCCCCAGGGGCUCCAAGCCCCAAAGGCUCCACAGGAUCACUAAAUGUGACCAGGAAUGCCGGCUUCCAGCAGCAAAAUGGCGCUGAGCACCUGCCCUGGAGCAGCCCUGGGAUGUCCUUAUCUAAAAAUUGUAGUUCUAAUUUAACCAAUGAAUCAUCAGGGCUUGUUCGCACCGUGAGCAACGCUUCAGCCCUAACGUCUCUAUGUGCUGAUCUAUCGCCGUCAGAUUCUCAUUUCUUCGAGGUUCUGUAUGUUGGCAAAGUACGCAUCUCACAGAGGAAGGUCCCAGAAUCGUUAAUUGAUGAUGCAUUACAAAAGUUCACUCAACAUGAAGCCGAAAAAUUAAAAAAUAAUAGGCGGCAUAGCUUACUGUCUUCCACUGGGGCUUCCCAAGAUAGUACAGAUUCUGAUGUAAAAAUUUCACCAGAACGUGCAAUAGAAAAGUUUAGACACAACAAUUUAAUACCCAGCACAACACCCUUAGAACCGGAUAAAUCCAUUGCUUGGAAAAGCGCAGAAAACUUACAAAAACCUGAAAAUACAGAAAUAGACAAAGAGUUUGACGUAUUUACCAAAGAGCGAAUCGAAAAGAUCGUCAAACAGCCAGUGCCUUUAGAGCCUACGGUAUUAGUGAUAAACGUACCUAAAAACAAUCUAGGUACUGUUAAGGAGGAUGAAGAAAAACACGACGAUGGCCAUUCACUGGCAACGACAUCUCUUUUAAUAAAUACAAGUAAAAUUGAACCUAAAGAUGCCUUAAUUUCUAAUGCUGAUAAGGCAAAUAAUCCUUUCAACGAUAAAACAGAUGAAACAAAAAAGCAAACAGUGGUUGAUCCAUUACUUCAUGUGCCUGUAGAAGUUAAAAAUAUGAAACCACAGGCCGAUGAAAACGCAGCAACAUUAAUGGAUAAUAGAGCUAAGUUAAAUUUUGGAGAACUGCAAAGGAAACCAAAAGAGACUCACGAAGAGAAGAAAAGGAAGACAGAUACGAAACCUUAUUUGAGAGAUAGGUCAGCGUCUAUUGGUACACUAAAUUUAAAAACGCCGUUGGCUCAUUUGAUUGGUGAACAGAAUAGGAUAAUGCUUUUUCAGGUCGGUCGUUCAGAGUUACGUCUAAUAAGUCCUGAUAGAAAACAAAUUCUUCUACAUCGUGGCUUCAAGGACGUCGCCAGUUGCGUCCUCGGUAGAAGCAACAAGGAGCAUUUCGGCUUCGUGUGUCGCGAGACUAAUGACUACGCGUGCUAUGUGUUCAAAUGUGAAAGUGAUUCUGUUGCUACUGAAGUUGUAAACGCUAUUAAACAAGCCUUUGUGGCACACGCCGAUCUUUUGAAGAAGUCCAGGGAUAAAUCUCCAAAUAUGACAUGUGAACAUUGCCCUAUGUUGUGGUACCACAGACUGUGCCACGAUAUUGAAGGUAUGAAUGAAAAGAAGAUUCACGCUUUUAUACUGCGUCGCGUUGAACAACUACCAGAUGAUGAACAAGACGUCAUCAUCACAAAAUAUCAAGGUGGAACUAAUCACAUGUACGAGGUGAGCGAACACAACGCAUUCCUGAUGAUGUUGCUCCGAGCGCACUGUGAAGCAAAACAGCAAAGACACGUGCACGAUACGGCUGAAAAUAGAUCUGAAUUCCUCAACCAAUAUCUAGGUGGCAGCACUAUAUUCAUGAAAGCUAAACGAUCUUUGUCCAGUGGAUUUGAUCACCUACUCAAGCGGCGGCAGAGUAAGGAUGACAUUUCACCGAUUGCUAUCAAAAAGGAGUUAUCUCCACACCCAUCAGUUCUGGAAACAUCGUCAGAGCCCAACAAUUCGGAGCUCCUCUCACCGGAUGUACAACGUUGUAAAUCACUGUCGCCGGGCGUUAAUAUUAUCACGGAGCAACCGUCGUCGCCGAAAUGUUCCCAGCAAGUGUCAUUCGACGAAGGAACAGAUGAGAACAAAGAAGAGACAUCCGUCAAUUCGCCAAUGAUGGACAUUUUCCUGAAAGUGAGUGACUCACGCGCAGCUGCUAACGAAGGCGGUAACGAGUCUGAUGCGACUUGGCGUCAGGCGAUAUACGAGAAGGUGGUCCAACCCAGCAAGGACGAAGGGGAUAUACAGCAGAAGGAUCUCCUAGGUCAUCCAACGUCACCAACCGGGAAGCGGUCGAAGGAACAGCUCCGACAGCUUUGGAAGAUGGCGAUUGAUCAAACGAUAUUACUUGUUAGGAUGGAGAAAGAAAACGCAAGAUUGAAAGAAAGUGAAGAGUCCUCAGCAGUUCGGCGUAUUAAGCUGGAAUACGUCGAGAUGGGAUCGUGUGACGCUGGAGUGUCGCAUAUGUGGGACUCCCUGCUCGCGAGAGAUCCCUCACAGCCCGUCGCCAAAGUUGAUAGGCACAUGCUGAAACAAGCGGUCAGACAAGGCGUCCCGCGCACGUCCCGCGGCGGCGUGUGGUACUUCCUGGCGGAGCAGGCCAGCCUGCGCGCGGCGCCGCCCGACGCGCGGCAGUUCCCGCUCUACAACGCGCCCUACCGCUCGCUGCUCGCCGGCCUCACCAAGCACCAGCACGCCAUCCUCAUCGACCUGGGACGCACCUUCCCCAAGCACUCGUACUUCGCCUCGGCCCUCGGUCCUGGUCAGUUGGCCCUAUACAACAUACUGAAGGCGUACUCCCUUUUGGACCCCGAUGUGGGCUACUGUCAGGGCUUGAGCUUCGUGGCUGGAGUGUUAUUAUUACAUAUGGAUGAAGCCGAAGCAUUCACACUGUUGAGACAUCUGAUGUUCCGAAGAGGUAUUAGAAAGCAGUAUCUACCGGAUAUGAGCGCGUUACAAGUCCAAUUGUAUCAACUCUCUCGUCUCCUUCGUGACCAUGAACCGGAACUACAUGCGAAGCUGGAGUCUCUCGACAUAUCACCAGCUCUUUACGCAGCACCCUGGAUGCUGACACUCUUCACCAGUCAGUUUCCACUCGGCUUCGUCGUCAGGGUCUUUGACCUGAUCUUCCUGGAGUCGUUCGACGUGGUGUUCGCGGUGUCGCUGGCGCUGCUGGCGGCGCACCGCGACGGGCUGCUGCUGUGCGAGAGCUGCGAGGAGGCGGCCGAGUACCUCAAGCACAAGCUGCCCGACCUCGACCCCGCGCUCGUGCAAAGAGUCAUGGCCACGGUUUCAAAGUUAGACAUCAGUCGUCAGUUAACCGAAUAUGCGGUGGAGUACAGCGUGCUGAGAGAGGAAAUGCCUCGCCUGGCGGCACUCACGGAACAUAACCGGCAGCUACAAGAGGACACUAGUAGAAUGAGCUCCGAACUCGAUUCGGCAAUGGACGCGAUCGAAAACUAUCAAAAGACUCAAACUCGUCUAGAAUCGCAAACCAAAAUCAUGGAACAGCAUCUAACUUUCCUGAGCCGAUAUAUAUCCGCGCACCAUAGACAAGACUUACCGCACGAAAUCAAGAAAAUCGUCCAAAAUUACAGCAAGAAAAUCUCAUUCGGCUCAAAGAUCAUCACGAAAUUCACUUCGAACGACGAUGAAGAUGAAUUCAAGAAGAACUAUAAGCAAGGGAUGAGCACGCCGAAUUUAUUCUCCAAAACGACAAAGGAGGAAGUUUUGAAUGCUCUCAAUAAAGAAAAGAAUAUCGAGGACAGGAAACAUUACAUGAUGAAGAAAUCUCAGUCAGUGCAUUCUGGUUUAAUAUCGAAUAAGCAUUUCCCGUUGAAAGUUCUAGAAGAGAAGAAGGAGGACGUGAGAAGGAGAGACAGUCUACGCAUAGAGAACUUAGCAAACGAUAACAUAAGAGACUUGGGACGGAAAACAUCAGGAUUUUUCGCGAACACGCACGAACAAAUACGACAGGAGCGAUUCUUCGAGCAGCAAUUGAAGCACGAUUUUGAUGAGAAUUUGAAAAAGUUAGACGAAAAAUUAUCAAAGAAACUGUCGCCCAAAUCAUAUUCAGACGAAUUGAGUAUAUUCCAGAGUAAAAAAAGUAUGUCGCUUAAUUUGAACGCUAACUCAAAAGGACAAGAUUCAAAAUUGAAUGACAGUGGUUUCGUAACACCAUUGUCCCCUGAAAACAAUAGAAAAGAAGACAGUUCAUCUACUAUUUCACAUCCGUUGAGCGACUGUGAUGUUGACAUCAAAUUUGACGGUCAAUUGACUAAAUUGAAACAGAUUCGACCGUUGAAAAGUAGUAAUUAGUUCUAAUUUCAAUAGAGAAUUGCUAAACAAAGGAGAAUUGUGACGUCACAACAAUGUACGUUUACGAAUUAUAUUCAAAAUAAGGCUUUAUAACAUUUUAGAAAACUACACGUCACUAACAUAUCUGUGGUCUGGCGCUAAAAUUGAAGUACAUUUUUGAGUUAAUAAAGGCACUAGAGACAACAUCUUGGUUCCCAGGUGUUUAAACGAUUACUAUUUCUUACGGCGCCUUUAUCUACUGACAAUGGUGACCACUCACCAUCAGGUGACUCAUUGA